AUGAAGCUGGUCAUUAAAAGUUUGACACACUUUGGACAACACUUUGGCUGUUUCCUGCUGGCUGCCAUGGCCUAUGAUCACUAUGUGGCCACCCGCUCUCCACUUCUCUGCUCUACACACAUGUCUUCCAGAGUCUGUAUCGUCUUAUUGGCUGCUUCCUAUCUGGGGGUGUGUGUGAAUGCUUCAUCAUUUACUGGCUGUUUAUUGAGCUUGACUUUCUGUGGACCAAAUAAAAUCAACCCUGUCUUCUGUGACCUCCCACCACUAGGGAGGCUUUCUUGUACCCAUAUUUAUGUUGCUGAAGUAUCUCCUGCCAUCUUAGGUGGGUCAAUCAUUGUAAUCACAUUGUUUAUCAUAGCUGUUUCAUAUCUAUACAUCCUGCACUUGGUCCUGAAUAUGCACCCCACUGAGGGAAGACACAAGGCCUUCUCUUUUUGUACUUCUCACCUCAGUGCAGUCACUUUGUUUUAUGGCACAGUCACAUUUGUUUAUGUCAUACCAAAGUCAAGCCACUCAUCUGACGAUAUUAAAGUGGUGUCUGUGUUCUAUACGGUGGUGGUCCCCAUGCUGAACCCCUUGAUCUACAGUCUGAGAAACAAAGAGGUGAAAGAGGCAAUGAGAAAAUUGAUGGCUAGAAAAAAUAGGUCACUUUGAAAGAAAUUCAGUGUGAUUCCAGAAACUGAAAAACUAUAGUUUCAGGAACAUAUGUAAUAGAUGUUUAUGUUGUCCAUUAGCCUUAUCACUUUAUGUGAAGAACUAUCUUAAAUACACAAUGCCAG